AUGAGAGCAGUUCCAGAAGUUCUUUUACAAGGUGACAGAACUUUUAUAGACUCAAUUCCAUGUGCAAGUGAGAUUAAAGCUGCUACUUUUGAUCUUGAUCCUGACAGUGCUCCAGGACCAGAUGGAUUUGGUGGAUGGUUUUACAGAAACUGCUGGGAAAUUAUUGGAAAGGAUGUGAUAGCUGCCAUACAAUACUGUUGGAAGAGAUGUUACAUUCCCAAUGGUCUGAACUCCAACUUCUUGGUAUUAAUCCCUAAAACACAAAAUGCUAAAAAAGCAAAUCAGUUUAGACCAAUUGGACUUUUCAAUUUCUUUUUCAAAAUUUUUACAAAGAUUCUCACUAUGAGAAUCAGUAACUUGUUGAGCAAAAUCAUUUCACCUCAACAUGGAGCUUUUAUUAAAGAUAAUUCUAUUCAAGAACAAAUAGUUCUAGCAUCUGAGAUGGAGUUAUUUAGAUCAUCUAGAAUUUCUAUUAUGAUUAAUGGAGGACCAGCUGGUUAUUUCUCUGUAGAAAGGGGAUUAAUACAGGGAGACCCACUAUCUCCAUUUAUCUUCGUUAUUGCUGAGGAUGUUUUAAGUAAAGCUUUAUCUCAAAUUGUGGCAGAGAAAAAAUUGCUUCCAAUGGUUAACAGAAAUGGGAUAUGUCCUACUCACAUUUUUUUUGCAGAUGACAUGUUUUUAUUCUGCAAUGGAGAUAAAAUAAUGUAA